GGCCGUCGAGGGGCGGAGAGCGCUGGAAAAGUGGUGCGGGAGGCCCCAGCGGCGCCGGUCCGGGCCAGCCGUCGAGCAGCCCGGAGCCGAGGCGGGACAUGCCGGAGCCAUGUCGGUAGCGGCGGGGGCCGGGGGCCCGCUGGAGGUGCUGGUGCGGGAGCGGUGGCACCCGGUCCGCCUGCGCUUGGACCGGGACGCCCUGGUCCUGUGCGGGGGCGCGGCCGAGGGGGAGCCGGGCGCGGCCGGCGGCGACGGCUCGUGGGGCGCCGACGCCCCCGGGCCCGGGGUGCGCACCGCCUUCACCGACCGGCCCGAGCAGGUGCCCGAGGCCGUGGGCGGCCAGAAGCGCGCCGUGAAGGUGCUGAAGGCGGAGACGGGCGGGCUGGGCAUCAGCAUCAAGGGCGGGCGGGAGAACCGGAUGCCCAUCCUCAUCAGCAAGAUCUUCAGGGGCCUGGCGGCCGACCGCACCCGCGCCCUCUACGUGGGCGACGCCAUCCUGGCCGUCAACGGUGCCGACCUGCGCGACGCCACCCACGACGAGGCGGUGCAGGCGCUCAAGCGCGCCGGCGGAGAGGUGCUGCUCGAAGUGAAGUACAUGCGUGAGGCCACACCCUAUGUGCGGAAAGGUUCGCCAGUGUCUGAAAUUGGGUGGGAGACACCCCCACCGGACUCGCCGCAGUUAGGAAAUGCCACCUCUGACCCCCCAAGCCUGCCAUCUCCUGCCCUCCAAGGAGACCAGAAGACCAUCCCUCUCCGGAUGUGCUACGUGACGCGGAACGUGGCCCAGCCGGACCCCGAGAACAGGCAGCUGGAGAUCCGCUCUCCAGAUGGCCGGCACAGCGUGAUCCUGCGGGCCCCUGACUCAGCCUCGGCCCAGGCGUGGUUCAGCGCCAUCCACGCCAGUGCCAGCAGCCUGAUCCCCAAGGUGGCCGCGGAGGUCCAGGAGCAGCUGGGAAAGACAGGCAUUGCAGGGGGCCGGGAGAUCCGCCACCUCGGCUGGCUGGCGGUCAAGGCACCAGGAGACGAGGAGAAGCCGUGGAAGCCGGCCCUCAUCGUUGUCACUGAGAAAGACCUGCUGCUGUUCCAGAGCAUGCCACGAAUCAAGGAGGCCUGGCUCAGCCCGGUCCACACGUGCCCCCUGCUGGCCACCAGGCUGGUGCACUCAGGCCCCGGGAAGGGGUCUCCACAGGCUGGUGCGGAUUUGACCUUCGCUACUCGGACUGGGACCAGGCAAGGCAUCGAGACCCACCUGUUCCGUGCAGAGAACGGCCGAGACCUGUCCCAGUGGACGAGGAGCAUAGUGCAAGGCUGCCACCACGCGGCCCAACUCAUUUCACAAGUCACCACCCCUUGCACGUACAAAAACCAGGAGUGCCGCCUCACCAUCCACUAUGAGAACGGAUUCUCUCUCAUGGCUGAGCCACGGGACGGAGCCUUCCCCAAGACCAUCAUACAGUCGCCCUACGAGAAACUGAAGACAUCAUCGGAUGAUGGGAUCCGGAUGCUCUACCUAGACUUUGGGGGAAAGGACGGCGAGAUGCAACUGGACCUGCACUCUUGUCCGAAACCAAUAGUUUUCAUCAUUCACUCCUUCCUCUCGGCUAAGAUUACAAGACUCGGUCUGGCAGCCUGAAGCGUGCGGACAACUUACCAAGAGCCAGACAACAUAGAAGCAGCAUCGGAUGGUGUUGCUGCUGGCAGGGAGGAGCGGAGUGGGUUUCAGGGAGUUUUGGUGAGUUUGGGUGCUAUUCCAAACAAACCGCUCUCAUUUUGUAAAGGAAGGGGUUGAGUAGGACAUGCACCAAAGGAAUUAAGGGAUGGAACCUUUGAGUCACAAGGGGCAACCGAUACUGUACAUAUUGAUUUUAAAAGCCCAAAAAUUCUAACCAUGCUGUCUGUUUCCUUGUGGGGCGAGUCUUAAGAAGUAUGAUUGUGCCUAGUUCCACAUUCCGGUUUUUAGGGAAUAAGGGCUAAACAACUGAAGGCUGAGCAUUUAUCACAUGGGGAUUUUAACCACCCAGUGACUAAUCUGCAUCUCAAGAUAAACGUUCUUCAUAUAGGUAUCAUUUUUAGAAGCUAGAUCAAGGAUCGAGUUUUGACUUUUCCUGUAGUACUAAGGUGUUUUCUGUGAAGGAAUGUUAGCAAAAGAAAAUCAGGUCGAUCUAGCAGCAUAAGUCACGGUAAGAAUAUCUAAGUUGUGGCAUAUUGCCUAAAAACCAUUUUCAUGAAGGAUAACUAUGAUGAGGGCAAGAUCACGUACUAAUUCAGUGUGAGGUUGUUGAGUUAACUUCCUGGUAGUGUGUGCCACUAAUCAAAUAGCAGGCAUUUCCAUAAUUUGCUUUGUUUGUAUGCAAGUGCUAACCAAUAACAGCAAAAAAAAUCUUUAUCCAUAAAUCCAGGACAAUAACCACAUACCAAAGUUAUUUUUGGAGUCAUGCAGAGUUCCUAUAAUGAUCUGAGGAAUUUGUGGCACAGCAUGGCACUUUUGUACUUUAACUUCUCGAAGCUCGUAAUGUCGAACCGAUAGCAUGCGGCACAAAGCAGGAAAAACUUUAAAGAAAUCACGCACCUGUUAAGAGUUUCCGUGCAUGGUUCUCGUGUCCUUCCCUGUGUGGCUUUUAGAAUUAGGUUUCAAUACAAAUUAAUAUAAAAAGUUUACAAAUUGUUUAAAAGGUUAAGGAAUAUAAGUGGCCACCAUAAAACAUGUUUACACACACACACACACACACUCUCUCUCUCUCUCUCUCUCCCCACCUCCUUUUUUUAAUUGAAAACAAAUGCUUAUGAAUUUGGGCCCAAAGAUAGUAGAGCUAAUCGGAAAGGUUUGAUGCCUAUAUAAAGUAUACUGGACUAUUUCAUUCAACAUUUUAAUCACUGGAAUAUUACUAUAUGAUAGUUUAACUUGUGUUUUGUACAUAACUGAUUAGAAUGCAUAAAAGUGCCAAUAAUUCAGUUUCACAGUAUCUAAUCCAAGGUGCUCCAUACUAGAAAUUAUAAGUGAAUUAACUCAUGAUUAAUUUCCAGAGAAAGACCUUAUAUAUUUAUAAAAAUGUUUUUAAAUGUGGAUGAUUGUGCAUAUAGUUUCUUCAUCAUUUAGCAGACUUUGGACUAUUAGUAUUUGGAUGAUGUCAGUGGAAUAUAUUCUGCAUUUCUAAAAGUUGUGUUAAAAUAUUUAUAUUUUAGAGGAAAUAUAUUUGGAUAAAAAUCAUUGCAUUUUUCUGAUGUCAACAUAAUAAAAGGUCUAAGUGACCUAUUCCUAUCGCAGUAAUGCUGGUUGGGAAAAAUGAUUUUCUUUUUAAGAAUGACAGAAAUGAAAUCAACUCAUUACCUACCUACACAGCGUUUAGUACAAUGCUUGGCAAAUGGUAAGUGCUUAAUUUUAUUUAUAUAUUGAUAUAUAUUAUGUAUAAAAACACUGUCUUUUAAUACAGCAUAUUUUGAUCAAGGCAAGAAAAUGUUGCUGGGUUGUUAAAAGAAUAUUUCAAUAUUUCCUACGAAGCAAUACAUAACUAUCAUUAUUAUUCCUCCAUUCGAACCAGUGCCUCUCUUUUUUAUAGCAAUAUGAGAUUUUCUUUUGUACUAUCAUCAAUGGACCUAUUUUUCCAGAAUGUAGAAGUGGGAUUGACAUGAUGUUGGCACGAUGCAUACUUAGAAGUGUGUUUAAAAAAGAACCAGUUGUUCAAUAAAUCAUUAAGGAAGCAUCCCCUAAAAACUGAAAUGCUAUCUGAGUUAGGUAAACUUCAUUCUGUCUUGAAAAAGAUUGGGUUAUUAGCAUAUAAAUGUAAGGGGAGCUUUUUUGAGGUAGCCAAUCAAAAAGAUGUUCAAAAUGGCCUAAAUUCAGAGCCGCAGAAGAUGAAGCAAUAAAACAAUCCUGUUUAUUGGCAUUUUUGAGAGACAGCUGUACAACGUAUAAAAACAUUAAAAUCUUAUGAAAAUAGUAUAAAAUGUGCACUUGGGGGUCAAAAUUGACAUACCCAGAGGAAAUUGCCAAAAUAUUCUUCUUCAGUCUAAUUAGUCAUUAGAUCAUAUUUGAAUAUUGUUUACAAUCCAUUAAGAAAGCCAAACAUUAUGAGCCUCCCAUAAAAUAAAAAUGCAUCCAAAUAAAACAGUUCUGUUAUUUCUUA